CUCCGGGAUCCAGCCCUGCUGGCCCCUCUGGAGAAGGGAACGGGGAAAGGCUCCCUGCACCCUCGUGGCUGCAGGAAACCCGGUCCUUCAGAGGCAGGCUGAGCUUGGGGACUGCCCUGGGGCCACCCCAGAUGUUCCCUCUCCCUCCAUCUGCCCCAGGGUCAGGCAGGAAGGUGAGGGGGGAUGCAGGAGGCUGGAGGGGAAAAGCUCAGUGAUGGAGCAGCGUUGUUUUCCUCCCCUGAAACUCCUCCCUGCUUGGAGCCAUCAGUUGGGACAAGGAGCAGGAUGAGAGAGGCUGGAAGGCAAAGGGGUUCUCAGCUUGUCCUGAGCCAAAACCCUGAAACUGCUGGCAUGACCUGGAGAGGAGGACAGUCCUCACUCCUGCUCUUCCCAGGCUGUGCCGCUGGCUGAGGACUUUAGGGAGCAGAGGUUUGGGACAGUCAGAUCUGGCAGUUCUGGUGCCAGUCUCCUCUGGCUUUGCCACACGUGCCUGCUGUACCCUCAAAUCCAGUGAGCCCCGAGGCUCCCCGAGCCCUUGUGAAGGCUUUGUAGCAUCAGUGUGGCAGCGUGUCCUCAGGCUCUGCCCGUGUCACCACAUUCCCCCUCUCCUGGAGGCUGCUGGUGGCUGCCUUGGGCCCCAGCCCCAAGCUGUGCUCCUGAGAAGAGCCAUGACAGCAGCCAAGAGCCUCCAAGAGUCCCUCUUGCAGUUUCUCACUUGUUCUGGUUCCCUUAUCGCCCCAGCACACCCUUCCCCUUUGAGAUUUCUGCUCUUGCCUCCUGCCCUGCAGCAGGAAGGAGCUUUGAAGGCUGAAGCUGCAGCGAGGGGCUGGCUGGAAGAACCAGAGGGUCUGUGCAAGGUGCUGCAAGAGCUCUGUCUUUGACACCUCUGCAGGGAACCUCGACCCACGGCCCUCAAGCUGAGGAUUAAACAGAGGGAGAAGGGGAAGGAGCCAUGUUCCAGGCCACGGGAGCAGCCAGCCCAGCCCCAGCCCAUGAGGCCAAAAGCAGCUCAGGAGGCAGCACAGUGCAGCGCUCCAAGUCCUUCAGCCUGAAGGCGCAGGUGAAGGAGAUGUGCACUGCCUGCCAGAAAACCGUGUACCCCAUGGAGCGCCUGGUGGCCGACAAAUUUGUCUUCCACAACUCCUGCUUCUGCUGCAAGCACUGCCACACCAAGCUCAGCCUGGGCAGCUACGCCGCGCUCCACGGGGAGUUCUACUGCAAGCCCCACUUCCAGCAGCUCUUCAAGAGUAAAGGCAACUACGACGAAGGCUUCGGGCGCCGGCAGCACAAGGAGCUGUGGGUGCACAAGGAGGUGGAGAGCGGCCCCAAGUCGGCGUGAGCGGGGGCCAGCCCCGCCCCGGAGCCCCGCAGAGCCGGGGCAGCUGAGCCGGGAGAACUGAGCUGAUGUAGAGCAGGACCUGGGCCCGGGCAGAGGGGGAGCCCCUCUCUGGGGGUGCUCAGAGGCUGUAAGGGCAGGGGUGAGCAGGGUGCAGCCCCCAGACCUGGAGCCCUCUCUCUGCAGGCCCCUCUGCCCAGUGAGAUCAGAGCAGGAGCAAUGCCCCCCAUGGGCCCCCAGUGAGAUCAGAGCAGGAGCAAUGCCCCCCAAGAGCCCCUCAGUGAGAUCAGAGCAGGAGCAAUGCCCCCCAAGAGCCCCUCAGUGAGAUCAGAGCAGGAGCAAUGCCCCCCAUGGGCCCCCAGUGAGAUCAGAGCAGGAGCAAUGCCCCCCAUGGGCCCCCAGUGAGAUCAGAGCAGAAUCAAUGCCCCCCAUGGGCCCCCAGUGAGAUCAGAGCAGGAGCAAUGCCCCCCAUGGGCCCCCAGUGAGAUCAGAGCAGGAGCAAUGCCCCCCAUGGGCCCCCAGUGAGAUCAGAGCAGAAUCAAUGCCCCCCAUGGGCCCCCCAGCCCUGCUGAUCCAUGUCAGCCCUGUCACCAUGGAAAAGGGAUGAGCUGGGGGCUUCUCCAGCUUGAGCCACUGCAGAGCUCCCAGCCACACCAGCCCUGCCCUGCUGGGGCUCUGCAUGAGGAGGGUCCCUGGUUUACAUCAGCUCAGUUCAGCUGGGAUGGUUCAGCCUUAAGGUUUCACAGUGUCUGUUUUUUAUAUUUGCCUUCCACUGGUACGUUCUGCGCUGGAGCCUCGUGGCAGCUUCGCCCGCGCGCCUUUAUUUUUGUAAUACAAGGUUUCCCAGCC